AUGUCCCAAUAUCAGCCAGGACCCAUUCCGGUAGCACGCCCCCGGAGGCGCUCUGCUGCUGCUUGUUGGACGUGUCGAGAACGUAAAGUGAGAUGCAAUGUUUCUCAAUGCGGCCCUCCUUGUACGAAUUGUGUUCAUGAUGCCAUCGAAUGCAAAGUAGCACCGCGAAAGAAACCAACUCCAUUGAAUGCGCCUCAGCCAGAAGAAGUGUCAGCCAGUACCAGCAGUCUAUCAACUCCCUCUUCAAGAGUCCGUCCCUCUUCAACAGUGCAGCCCUCGCCUGUGUCGCCUGCAAGCACACCAGAGAGAGUCCACAAUGCUCUAGUAGACGUGCCUGACGAGGACAUAGACAGCUACGGACAAGAUAUUGAUUACGAUGAGGGCGAAAAUAGCAAGGCGUAUCUGGCGGCCCUAGAAGGGACUGCCACAGGGAGCGACGCCGUUCCGUUUUAUAUGAACUGUACAGGCGACCAGCAGGGUCUUGGCUUUGUAGUUGACAUCUGCCGGCCUGAUCGUUCGCCAAAUUGUAAUCAUUAUCUGGUACCACGCGCAACGGCCAAAUUGUACUCAGCUGAAGACCUCGCCGUGUUGCGUAUGAAGGGUGCAUUUUCCUUGCCACCUGAUGAGAUUUGCAAGAGGCUCCUCCAAUGCUAUUUCAAUCAUGUUCACCCAUUGCUCCCUAUUUUAGAUGUUAAUACCUUCCUCACGCAAUAUAUAAAGGGUGGCCAGCAGAAGUCAAACCUUCUGCUCUUGUGGAGCAUAUUCUUUGCCGCGUCCAGUUUCGUCGACGACGACUUGUUGCAGGCAGCUGGACAUUCAUCUCGCAAAUCAAUGAAGCGAUCCAUGUAUACUCGCGCAAAAUGUCUCUAUGAUGCAGACUAUGAAAAAGACAAGACUGCGCUUAUCCAGUCGGUUAUGCUAAUGGGAUACUGGUAUACCGACACUGAAGAUCGUACUGGCUCAUGGCACUGGAUUGGCGUUGCUAUCAGUCUCUGUCAGACUAUAGGACUUCAUCGCAAUCUCGAAUCAGGCCAGCAUCAAAAGCAACGCUUCUCUAGCUCUCAGUGUCGAGUAUGGAGACGAAUAUGGUGGAGCUGCUAUAUACGCGAUGCUUGGCUCUCUUUUGGUAUGGGAAGGCCAAUGAGAAUCCACAUUGAAGAUUGUGACAUGCCAUUACCAACUGUCGACGAUGUCCUCGCAGAACUGAUCGACGUUCCUGCCGAGACUAAAGAUACAUACCUUCCAGCAGGCAUUGCUUCUUUAGCUAGAUACUGGAUAAACCUGGUGCAUAUUUCGCUAGCACUAGGAAAUGUCCUGUCGAAACAUUACAGACCGAGAAGAGACACUCCAUCUCUUGCUGACUUAGAAAGAGAUGAAAAAGAGAUAUUUCAAUCUUUUGGAGCCUGUCGGAAUGAGACUGUAUCAGCCGAUCCCAUUGUUCAAGUUAACGCUUACCAUUUACAACUAUACUAUGAAGCGACGAUGAUUGCCUUAUACCGCCAAUAUCUCCUUACCAGCCCAGAAGGUAUCACAUCAAUGGAAAAAGAUGCUUGGCAUAAUACAGUGCUAGAAAAGGUCAAAUCAGCAGCGUUUAACACAAGCUCUAUACUAAAUCAGCUUAUAUCAAAGAAUAUGGUAAAGUUUUGCCAGGCCAUGUUUGUCACUGCGUUGAUACCGGCAAUGCAGAUCCAUCUCUACGAAUCGACUUCAUGCAACAUGCUAGCACAACGACAUGGUUCCCACCAAUUAGAUCUUUGCAUGAUUGUCUUGAAUGAAUUGAGGAAAACCUACUGGGCAGCAGAUUUCCUCUGCAGGCUCUUUUCGAAGGCGCAGAAAACAUUGAGAAACACAAGGACAUCUAAAACUGCUGAUCAUGCAGUAAGGAAUCCAAGCCAGCUCACUCCUGAUUCAACGACACACAGCGAAGAGCCAAUAGCCCCACAAGAGACAAACAACGAUUUUAUGUUUCUGCUAGACGAGUUCCUUUCAACUGGAUGGAAUCCCUUUCUGAGUAUGUCUGAGGAUCCAAACAUCAAGUAA